AUUUAAUUUCACAUAAGACAGUAAACAAAUGCAUCAAUUGCAGAAGGCUACCUUAGACGUAUAUAAAGUGUCGUGGCACGUCGAUGGAAUGUAUCACUCAUUUUGGGACCUGUCUUACUACAAAAGCUCACUGAAACAAAAUGAAACCUACUAUCAUUUUCCUGACCAUUUGCGUGGCUCUUUCGCACCAGCAGUAUUAUCAUCCUCGCAUGAUAGUGGGACAUCCCUGGAUGUCACCAUUCGCGCACUACCAGAUGUUCAACGAUUACCAGGAUGAUUCUCCGUACAUUGGCAGCUACAACAACGUCCAAGCGAGAGUCAAGGGCUACGAUACUGUGCCUCAAGAUGGGUUCGGAGGACAGCAAGAUGUUGGACAAAAUCGAUUUCUAUUCAACUCGGGUUCCUCUUCCAUCGGAAAUCCCUUGUUGAAAACUGUCACAUUCACGAUCACGUCAACGUGCACGGCCCUGAGCAUCACGACAUGCGUUGCCAUGACCAACCUUUCACCCAACCCAGUUGCAUGCGCUGGACGUAGAAGACGAUUUGCCGAAUACAACGACGAACAAGGCGAGGACAUUGCAGCCCAAUUUCCCAUCGUUCCCAGCGAAGUCAAAAUUGUGAUGCCAACAGCCGAGCCCAGCACAGGCCUGGCCCGUAAUUCUCGUGAUUUACCAUUUGGUGUAUCUUCGUCGAUGGACGACGAUGGUGAUUCGAACGCUGUGGCUAGCAUCGGUAUGCAAAAUCGGGGUAAACGCUUCUUCCAACAAAUUUGGAAUGGAUUUGCAACUGGCAUCACCACAACUACAUGGUCGGUCGUCUCGAGCACCUUUACUUCUACUCUUGCUAUUCCCGGAGUUAGUACCAUCCUUCCCUGUUUACCAGCUGGUUAUGGAAUUUGUCAAAUUGCAGUUGGCAAGUAAAGUGCUACUUUUACAUUGCAUGAUACCACGGAAAAUAAGUUGAACAAGCGUUCUUUAUA